UUUAAAAUUAACAUGACUGUGCAUUUAGCGGUGAAUUUCCUUAAUCUUCCUUCUGUCCUACUUUUCACAAUAUUGUAUUAACAAUGUCGGAACAGAUCAUACUGUUUUAGAAAUCAAGGAAUACAUUUUGUGACUUAAGAAAGGUUGGCUAAAAUGAUGCAUUCAGACGGAAGUGAUGUUGGCGAUGUUGGCUUUCCAUGGUUCAGCAAUUUGCCUACUUCCCCGACAGAGUGUCUAGGAGAUUUCCAAUCGGCAUCAGUUUUAUCGCCGCUUCUUCUUUCACCAGAUACACAGAAUUAUUUAAAUGAACCACUUGAUGAAUGGCAAAGUGUAACAGAUAUUUCUCCAGUUGAAAUAGAGGCGCAUCAGAUUUCUUUAUAUUCACCACAAGCUCCCCUUCCUACUGAAGAAGAUUAUGUCAUUACCUCACUGGACGGAAAUAAUUCCACACCAAAUGAAAAUUCUGGGUAUACCAGCAGCGACAUUCCUUCGCCAGAAGCCUCAUCAAGCUCAUACGGGUCAGCCGAUUCCCCGGAAAUGGCACCAAACGAAAUUUCCGUCACUUCCCGCCUAAAAUCCGUACUUAUGUCGCGACAGAAAAAUAAACAUCUCCAAUUAGCUUCAUCAUCGCAGGGAACCUCUACCUCUACAUCUUCAUCAUCAGUGCAUAGUUAUUUUUCGUCAGAUAGAAAAAGAAACUAUGAAAGUAUUCGUAAAGUCGAAGAGCACAAUGGAGAUAGAAAUUCAGUAAAUACAACAUUAAGAUUUCCUCCCUGUUGUGUUUGCGGUGGCAUUGCGUCAGGGCUUCAUUAUGGUAUAAACAGCUGUGAACCGUGUAAAGGAUUCUUCACGCGAUAUUUACGGAAAAAGGAGGAAUACAAAUGCGCAAAAGACAAUAACUGUCCGAUAACUAAUCGUCUGAGAGGUAACUGUAGCGCAUGUAGACUUAAGAAAUGUUUAGCUCUCGGAAUGGCGAGAAAAAACUCGAGACUUGGCCGAUACAGUCUCUCAAGAAGAAUGGAAACUAUCAUGCAAGUUAAUGAAUUGGAAAAACAAAAUGCAAGACAAUGUAACGGAGAAGUCUUGAUAGAUUUAAAUGCAACUGGGAUAAUUGAUAACGUGACAAAUGAAGCUGUUUCAAAUACCAACUCUGUGUCGUUAAACGCUGAGCCUACUCAAAAGACUGAUAUCAAAACAAAUAGCCACCUUCGUUCAUUUAAAUUUAAAGCUCCAUCAGGGUUUUCUCAUAAGCUUGUUAAGACUUUAGUUCAGUAUAUGGAAAUGAUUAAACCUUAUGGUGAGGAUAUAGUAAGUGAGGACCAAAUUAUGAACAAAUUGUUAUCCCAUUACGAGGCUUAUCAGCUAAAAAUUAGCAUAUUCGGAAAUCUAAAAUCUGUUCCAAAAAAUGAGUAUUUCAAUCUACUGAAAGGUUAUGGAAUUGAAAUCGACAAAAGAAUGAUGUUUCUAAAACAGUCUGCAAACGAAAUGAUUGAUAUUAUUGAGAGGUAUUGUAACUUUGCCAAACAAAUACCACACUUCAAAGCUUUAUCUAGCAGAGACCAGACAAACUUACUGAAAUCUUCUCGCUAUGACUUUUUUAUGAUUCUAAUGCAUGGCGGCUACUUGCAUGAAAAACAAGUUUUUCUGGCGCACAAUGGGGCUGCUUUUCAUAUGGAGGAAGUGGCUGACAAAUUUUUCUCGCGAAAGCUUGUAAUUAAUGUGUGCGAUAUGUAUCACAGACUACAAAAUCUGAAACUGAGCAAAGAAGAAAAUGCUCUUCUGAUCGCGAUUUCUCUGGUAUUCACGGAUCGAUGCAGUCUGGAGAACCCUGGUCUCGUGGAACAGAUACAAUUCUCGUUGACUCAGCUACUUCAAAAACAACUAGAGAGAACUUGUCCUAGUUCAGCGUUCAAACGAUUUACAAAGAUAAUUGAUUGUCUGACAAUAAUGCGGGAAAGUUCAGAACUUUAUCUCAAGGAAUACAGCGAACUGUGCCAAGAUGAAAUGGUUAUUGAAGAAGUUCCGAUUAUGACAGAGCUUUUAUUCGAAGAUUAAAUGUGUCGGGUCGAAGACACAUCAAGUGCAAAACUCUUACAAAUAUCGUUGUGACGAAUAUUCAGUGCUUAAAAGUAUCAGAUUAUAAUCAUUUUAAGCGAAUGUUUUAUAUGUUUUAAAGCUAUUCAUUAUACUUGAAUCAUUCUUUAAAGGGCCAUGGCUUCAGAUGAAAAUCACAAUUUCAUUCUUUAAGGGAUAUGCCUUCAGAUGAUACAGUUUUAUUAUAAUUUUUUCAAAUACAGAUAGGACCAUGUAUCAUGCUCACUAUAAUUCAAGUUCAUAUGUUCUGGUUAUGAUCUAAAUUUCAUUUAUUUUAUACCACAUUUCUUUAGCGUGUCUUAUGCUUUGGGAAUCCUCAUUUUUAUAGAGUAACAUAAGCGUUGGAAAACCUUUCUGUAUAUUUUAUAUUACAAUUCUAUAGCUUGACUAAAGCUUUAGAAUGUACAGACUAUGCGAGCUAGUGUUUUUGUAAAUAGAUACUGCAAAGAAAUCAAUCACGGAA